GCUUCUUGGUGCCUGUAGAGGGAGCUGCAGUGACAGCGCAGCACACAGCUCCUCUCAGGAGGUACUGUACUUGUACGUGAGGUGAAAGAGAAAAAGGCUGGUGACGGUGAGGGCACUGGGUAGGCAGUGGAUGUGUCCAAUACUCUCACUGAAUCCAGAACUUCAUCAUGGGAGGACAAAAUUCUAAACCUGUUCACAAGAAGCAAGCACGGGUAGUUAUGAUGGGUCUUGACUUUUCUGGAAAAUCAACUAUUCUGUAUAAACUUAAAAUGAAUCAAACAGUGGAGACCUUUCCAACUGUCGGAUUCAACGUGGAGUCUCUAGAAAUGGCCAAAAAUGUCUUUGUAACAGUGUGGGAUGUGGGAGGUCAAGACAAACUGCGAUCCAACUGGAAAGAGUACUUAGAAGAUACAGACAUUCUCAUCUUUGUUGUUGACAGUUCUGAUAAGCCCAGAAUACCGGAUGCUACGGCAGAACUACUGACUAUACUGAAUAAUGAAAAUAUGGCUGGAGUUCCAUUUUUGGUUUUGGCCAACAAGAAGGAUGCACCUGAUGCCCUAUCCACCAAGGAGCUUGUCAAAGUUCUAAAACUGGAGAAUUAUGAUGAUAGACCAUGGGAAAUACAAGCCUGUAGCGCUUAUACUGGAGAAGGUUUGGCUGAGGCGGUGAACGCAGUCCUACGUCUAUUAAAGAGACAUGAGACCCAAAAAUGAUUCUUAGGAAUUUUUGGUCCAUAAUUUGUAUGCAAAACAUCUUUCAAAGUGGAUUAAUAAUUCCAAGGUUGUUUACAUGUCAUGUUAUUUAAAUGUUUCGUCAGAGGAUGAGAACAUCUAGGGUCAUUUGCUAAGUACAUUUGUAUGUAACUGUUUUUACUGCAAUCAGAUGAGCACGCUUUGUAAGGGUACAAAGUGGGACCAAUUCAUGUUAUCAAAAUGCAAAUAGUAAUGUCAGUCACAUGAAAUGAAAAUUACUGUACUCUGCCUUCUAGUAAAUGUCAAUGAUUUUCUUGGUUCUAAACUGAAAUAGAGCAGCAACAAUAUAAAAAAAUGUUGUCUGUAGUUGACUAGGUGGGACACGGGCAUUUGCAGAUUUUGCAGAUACAGGAUUUAUAUAAGAGAGACCAGGGCUGUUUCUAGCCAAUUUGGCUCCCAGUGCGAGAUUUAAAAAUGCGCCCCCUCAUGACAUAAAAAAAAUGUGCCCCCUCCCCCCCCACACCUAGAUAAAAAAAAAACUUGCACGCACCCGGCAAGGGGGCUUGGCCUCAUUUAAAUGGGUGUGGCCUCAUUUAAAUGGGUGUGGCCUCGUCUGAAAAGACUACCUCACAAUCCAGUUUUUGACCCUGCUCCAACAGAUCACGACCACCACAGGAAAAAAAAAUUCUACCAUAUUAAGCCCCACACAGUAAUGCCCCCUGCACCAUAUUAUACCACACACUGCAAUGCCCUUGAUACAUUAAAUCCCCACACUACGGCAGGCAAGAGUCCCCAUUUCACACAUUACGACAGGUGUCCCCAUUUUACACAUUGAGAGAGAGAGAGAGAGAAUACUUACAGAGGCGAUUACCGCUCUUCGGCCCGCCUCACCAGUCGCUCCUCGUGCCGGCCUUUCCCUCUUCCUAACUUGGAUCCCCCUCUGUACUCCGCUCGGGGGGGGGGGGGGGUUCGCGGAGUGAUGGGGUUGCGUCGUGACGUAACAACACAACCGCGUCAUUCCGUGAAACUCCGCCCCCCGAGCGGGUUACUCGGGGAGAAAUAAGAGGGGGAAGCAGGGAGCCACAGUUAGUGCCGCGGCGGGCGCCCAGCGCGGUUGCACUGCUCGCCUGCCCGAAGAAACGGCCCUGAGAGAGACAAGAAGAGAGAAGCAGAGGGUUAACUAAACAGAUGGAUGCAAUGUUGAUGUCAAACGCAGUGGACUUAUUUUUUGCAUCUAAGUCGCACUGCACACAACCACUGCUUACGGAAUUGCAACUGUGACGGUAUUUGCAACAAUCUCUGAAUCAGGCAUUAUGUUCCACUAAUAAUAACUAGCAAAUACUGUAAUUCUGCUGCUGCCGAACCUGAAACAGACCCAUAUAGAAGGUCAUAGUAACUGUACACUCUAACAAACACGCACCCUGCACUUCUUGUUUUAACUAUGUAAAAUUGUUCUUUUUAUUUAUGUAAAGCUGUUUACAUUUAUAUAUGUGAACAUUUCAUUGUUAAUAAUAAUAAUAAUAAUAAUUACAUUUUAUAAAUAUUUUAUUUUAAGAGAUGUACAGUGGGAACAGCUGCAUGGAUUCUUUUUAGUGGUUUAGGGGUCUAUUCAUGAAGCAGCGUAGAGAAGUGAGCCAGUGGAGUAGUUGGCCAUGGCAACCAAUCAGUGAUGAGGUAACAUUUAUAAAAUGCAUUCUAUAAAAUUAUACGUAGCAGCUGAUUGGUUGCCAUGGGCAACUUCUUCACUGGCUCACUUCUCCACACUUUCACUGCUUCAUGAAUAGACCCCUUAAUCCUGAACCCAAACUGUGUUUCCCAGAAAUAUGCCAGUAAAUUGUUGGCGAAUGAACUUGGUUUCGGAUUUGCUGCUAUGUAGUUCACCUCUUUUCUGUCUUCUCCCUCAUCCUCGUUUGAUAUUUUAAAAACCUGGGUGUGUAGGAAUGACCAAUCAUGUUUGACAUGCUUGAAAAAAAUAAAACUUUUAACAGGAA